CACACUCGCUGCAUGCUUUUUAAAUUGCCAUCACUGGCCUCCAGACGUCGUUUCCUUCUGCCUGCGGGAUGAUGGACAGCAGGAUACUAGAUCCACCUCACGCCCAGUUCGGAGGCUCUCUCGGCGGGAUGGUGGGCUUCCCGUACCAUCUGAGCCACCAUCACGUUUACGAAUUAGCCGGGCAUCAACUUCAAUCUGCGUCCGCGGUCCCUUUCUCGAUAGACGGAUUACUUAAUGGUUCCUGCACGGCGUCGGUGGGUAAUUCCAACCCCCUCUUGUCUUCGGGUUGCGGCAUGAAUGGAGAUAAUCAGCACUACAAACUGUCAGACUCGGGGGACCCAGACAAAGAUAGUCCUGGUUGCAAGAGACGGAGAACUCGCACUAAUUUCACUGGUUGGCAGCUGGAGGAAUUAGAAAAGGCUUUUAAUGAGAGCCACUAUCCCGACGUUUUCAUGAGGGAGGCUCUGGCUCUGCGGCUGGACUUGAUAGAAUCAAGAGUUCAGGUGUGGUUUCAGAAUCGCAGAGCCAAGUGGAGGAAGAAGGAGAACACAAAGAAAGGUCCGGGUCGACCUGCCCAUAACGCCCACCCCACCACGUGCAGCGGGGAGCCCAUGGACCCGGAGGAGAUCGCGCGGAGGGAGCUGGACCGAAUGGAGAAGAAGAAACGCAAGCAGGAGCGCCGGCUGCUCAAGUCCCAGAACAAGCUGCUGUCCGGGGAUUUAUUUCACACCCCGGGUUCUGACAGCGACAGCGGGGUGUCGCACGUGACCGACAGUGACCACAACACGGGCCCGCCUUAUGACUCUGUGGGGGGAAGCCAAACGCAAUCGAGUUGCGACCUAACACCUCACUCGCUCCAGCUCCACAACCAAAGACAUUUGGAACAGGAUGCUGGCGGAUCCGAGCUGGACUCGGCCGAAGCCAGCCACCGGUCCAGCCUGUGCUCCAACACCAACAACAGGGCCUCCGGGGUGCAGAAACUCAACCCCUUUAGCGUGGAGAGCCUCCUUUCGGACGCAAGACCGAGACGCAACCCCGCGGCCUUACCCUCCUCGCGGCCUUUGAUAGGGAAGGGACACUUCCUUCUUUAUCCCAUCACGCAGCCGCUUGGAUUCAUUGUUCCCCAAACUGCUCUGAAGACAGCAACGACAACAACACACAGUGACAGUGAACCCCCAGCAGAGAGAAACCAGUCCAGUGCGCGCUGCAGUGUCUCUGCGGGAUGUAGGAGCAGCUCGCCGGAGUCUGCAGACGCAGCGCAAAGGGGACAGGUGGGCUCAGAGGACAAGACCCGUUCAUCAUCAUCAUCAUCAUCAUCACCACACACCAGUCCUUCUACCCCCGCCUUUCCCACUUGCAAAAGUACUCACACCUCUGUUAUUUGCAGCGAUUCGACUUUCGCCCACGAACACAGUCCACAACUCGUUACGUCUGUCGAUGCAGACAGAAAAGAGCAUUUAGAGAACCAGGACCAGCUCUCUGUGGACCCCGAGUGCAGUGUCCUCGGUGACAGUCCGGCAGAAACAAAGACAGACUUUAAAGAAGACUUGGAAUAAUGCAUUGGGGGGUUAAGAAAAAGGAGAAACAUACUGAUAAAGCCUCUAAAUAACACCUGACAUUUAGGCCAAAGCUUCACCUCAAACUAGCCUACAUCUUAAACUCUAAAAAUCUAGGUUUCCCCUCUCUGCUGAUUUGUUGACAAUGAUGUGCCCUCUCUCUCUCUCUCUCUCUCUCUCUCUCUCUCUCUCUCUCUCUCUCUCUCUCUCUCUCUGCGUGUGUGUGAUUCAGGAGUCUCUAGAUAUCAUUUAAUGUGUGAUAACUUGUCAGAAAAACAACAACACAAGACCACGAGACCAACAAAAAUCCUCAAGAGCUGUAAAAAAAGGUAUUAUACUAUUUAUAUAUGUAAGUUUUUUCUUAAAUAAAUCUAUUGUAUACAAGCACCUG